CGCUGCAGCCGACCGGGCCGGGCGUGCCUAUCCGUAGUAGCGUUCGUUCGCUUCAUCUCGCGAGUCGUGCACUGUGUACGCGACUACGCCAGCGGAUACGUGUCUCAAAAGCCGCACUUUCUCCGCCCGGCACGAUUAAAAGUGAUCAAACAGAGGCGACAUAAAGUAGCGAGAGCGAAAAAAAAGGGAAUAAUAAAAAAAGGCCUCGUAGGCAAAGGCAACAUUUUCACCCCCAGCGGUCCCUCUGUAUGCAAACAAAGCCAUCUUUUCGCUUAGUGAUUAUGGUGGCGCCGGUUCCGAUAGUGGCGUUCGAAAGUGGAUCGUGAAAAUGAAUCGAUUCCCGGUGCUGAUUUCGACCGGUGGGCGUACCGCCAGCUCGAACACUUUGGACGGUGGAAAGUUAUGCGCCUAGUUGCCUCGAGCUUUUAAUUGGUGUUUAUGCUGGAGCUGGGCAAACAGUGAGUCGGCAUAACAAAAAAAAAAAAGCGUGCCAACAACUCUCUCCGGCCAGUGGAAUCGGUACCGUUCGGAGUUCGUAUUAGCGUAUUUGCAGCGUGCCAAGCGUGCAGUGUCCCAGCGGAAGUGGUUUAUUAAAUCGCAAAUCCUCUUUGCCGUGCCGGGUGCUGGUGUGUUGCUCUAGUGUUGCUAGUUUCCUGUUAUCAACAUCCUUCUUCUUUCCCCCGGGCCCCAAAACGCUCCAACAAUACGUCUUUCUUUCAACAAAGAAAUUAACGAUGGUUUGUGUCGCGAGUGAACGGACGAUCCGGCGAACACUGGUUCCAACGGGCCGCUGGGCACCACUGCUGGCACUGCUGCUGCUCCUGGCCGAAAUGGGCCAAAUAUUUGGCUACCACAUCCGGCACAUCGAGGAAGAGCCAAGCCACCAGCUGCAGCAGGAUCUGAUGGACUUUAUCGAUCUCGUACCGUUCGAGGAUGUGCAGCGGCUGAUGCAGUACUACUACCACUACGACGUGGAGGUGGAGAGUGCCUUCGACUACGUGUCGUCCGAGGACUACACGCAGAUCCGGCUCGACAUAGUGAGCCUGGGCGAGGUGCGCAGCUUUCGCCGCUACCUGGACAGCAUCGGCUUUAGCGUGGAGAAGGUGUGGACCGAGCUGAACAAGCGCUUCGAUGCGGACGACAUCUUUGCCGAGCCGGACGAAAGCGUCAGGAUGUUAAAUCUCACCACCAGAGGAUUGAAUGGAUUAGUCGAUGACAUAUUGGCGCUGCUGCCGCAGGACGAAAUAAUCCUACUAUUCUUCGACAAGCUGGAAACGAGCAACGACUUUUCCUUCUUCUUCGAGCAGAUCGGUAGCGGAGAGUUCGAGAACGUCCUUAACACGCUGCAGUCCUCCCAGCAGCUGCGGAUACUUCUCUGGAGACUUCAGCGGCACGGAUUCGAUAUUCCCGGUUGGAUUCAGCUCGUCCAGAAGUAUUUCAGUUUCAGCAGUUUCUGACACUCGACAUGGCAAGAAAAGCUGGGCACAGCUGGACAGCAGCACAUGAAAACAUUCCUCCUUUCAUGUAUCGUUGUAUUUGAAAUAGUAAUAAAGACGUGCUUCCGAAAUAGUUUUGUAAGGUUCGGUUCAAUGGGUGAAAAUAAAGCAAAUUGAAACACAAAAGUAACAUGACAAGACAUCAUUUUAAACAAAUA